GGUGUACCCAUGCACGAUUUUCAUUAUCGAAUUUAAAACCUUUCAAUACAGACAGAUAAUCGCGACAAUAAGAAUAAGUAAAACAACAGGAAAAAGCAAAAACAAAAACAAAUAACAACAACGACGUCAAUAAUAAAUAUUGUUUCUGAUUCAAGUAGAACACCAGACAUUUGGCAAGAAGGGUUAAUCCGUUCGAUGAAGCCGAGUAUUUCACUGCUUAUUCACCCAACAAAUACUGCACUGUCGACAGGAUUUUACCAAGGAAGGAUUUUUUACUUAGUCAUAAAUCACAGUUUUGAGGGGUGUUCGUAGUCAAGAAUAUCGAUACAAGUAUUUGACAGGUAUUUGGUUUUAUCAGACCGAAAAGUUGGGUGGACAACUUUAUGUGUGUGUGUGUGUAUGUGUGUGAGUGUACACACAGAUACUCCCAGGUUUCCUACGACAGUAACCAGUAAUUUCUGUGGAGUAAUAUUUACUGAUAAAAAAAAGUUUAUCAUAAGAGUGAAGGAUUUAUAUACAGGCUGUUAAGAUGGCAUACCGACAGGAAGACGAAAUAAAUUUUGGAGAUACUGCAAGAAGGGGCACACUUUUCAGAACGUUUCGACCCAAAAUAACCCCAUUUUGGCCGUUUUUAUUUCAUGACCCAACUGUCAGCUGGAUUGGAGAAGAUGAUAUCAGCCUGCGUGAAAGUUUGGAGUUCGAACCUCAGAAGCAGAAAUGGUCAAAGAAAUGGCGAUUGGUCCUUGUCGGCAUUAUUCUGCUUCUCUUGGCUCUUGCUGCAGGAUUAAUCACAACCAUUAUUCUUUUAACAAAAUCCGAUACAGUUGAUCCAGUGAAAAGGACGAUGAAUGUGGACCUGUACUUCAACGAAACUUACAAGAAGGAAUAUGCAGAUCCGGAAAACAAACUAACGAUAGAAAAACGACGGGAAAUUACUGAAAAGAUUGACAACGCAAUAAAGAAAAACUCCGUACUAAAUCUACUUUACACGGGUAGUUCGGUCACUGAGCUUCGAAAAGGCAGUAUUUUAGCGAAGAUGCAGUUAGAAUUUGAAAGUAAGAUACAGGAGAUCAGAGAAAUCCAAAAAGUAGCAAGUGCUGACGUUGUUAGUCAAAGCCUGAAAAAGAUUCCGACAUUAUUGGUGGAGAAGUCCUGUAUACUUUGGGAAGGAAAAGACAAUUCAAGUAGAGAGACAAGAACAACAACUACACGACCAACGAAAGCAACUGCACUAGGAACAACAAGAGUAAAAGACACAAAAACAAGUGUUACUAGUUUGGUCAAUGUAGAAAUGCACUUGAAUGAGGAAUACAAAGCUAUAUAUUCGGACCUUAAUAAUGCUGAGACACAAACGAAGGUUGCUGAGAUUUCUGCAAAGGUCGAUGAAUCUAUGGAAAACAGUGAGUUGGCGGACACAUAUCUUGGCAAUAAUGUUACACAAUUAAGAAACGGUAGCCUGAUUGCAGACCUGAUUAUGGAAUUCAAACGUGCAGAUCCCCAGGUAGAGAUUGUCCGCGAAACCAUGAAUAAUAUUACAGGUGUAAUAGGAGAAAAGACGAAAGUGAAUUUCGAAAAUACUGUAGAACAAACAACAACAGGCACGACUGAAGAAUUAACAACAACAGCCACGACUGAAGAACCAACAACAAAAGUCACAAUUGAAGAACCAACAACAACAGCUAAAGAACCAAUAACACAACAGAAGGCUAAGGCUAAAGAACAAAUAACCAAUAACAACACCAAGGCUAAAGAACCAAUAACACACCAAGGGUAA